GCAUUGUGCGGUGCUGGAAACAUCCUGUUGGUGGCGCUAUGCCGACACGCGUGAGCAAGCUCACACGUACCAUUCUGCUGUCUGCGCUCGUCAAACGUUGCAGCUGCCGUUUUCUUCUCUACUCAACACUGUCGCACAACCAUGGCGGACAGCGCAAGCGAGAGUGACACUGACGGAGCGGGGAGCAGCUCAGCUACUCCAAUGUCAUCCUCCGCUUCAAAUUCGGGAAAGCCGAGCAUAGUAAUUUCACAGUUUCGUUUGGAGGAACUGACGAACCGCCUGGCCUCCUUACAACAAGAGAAUAAAGUUCUUAAAAUUGAGCUGGAGACGUUCAAACUCAAAUGCAAAGCCCUUCAGGAGGAGAAUCGGGACCUCCGCAAAGCUAGCGUCACUAUUCAAGCAAGAGCAGAGCAGGAGGAAGAAUUUAUCAGCAACACUUUGUUCAAAAAGAUCCAGGCCCUUCAGAAGGAGAAAGAGACGUUGGCGGUCAACUAUGAGAAGGAGGAGGAAUUUCUCACCAAUGAACUGUCAAGGAAACUCAUGCAACUCCAGCAUGAAAAAGCAGAGUUGGAGCAGCACUUGGAGCAGGAGCAGGAGUUCCAGGUUAACAAGCUCAUGAAAAAGAUCAAGAAGAUGGAGAAUGAAACCAUCUCAAAGCAGCUGACCCUGGAACAGUUGAGGCGGGAGAAGAUCGACCUUGAGAACACACUAGAGCAGGAACAAGAAGCCCUGGUCAACAGACUGUGGAAAAGGAUGGACAAACUGGAGGCUGAGAAAAGGAUCCUUCAGGAGAAGUUGGACCAGCCUGUAUCAGCUCCUCCCUCCCCAAGAGACAUUUCCAUGGAGAUAGACUCACCAGAGAACAUGAUGCGGCAUAUCCGCUUCCUGAAAAAUGAGGUGGAGAGGCUUAAGAAAAGCCUGCGCACCACUGAGCUGCAGCACACAGAGAAGCGUGCCCAGUACAUAGAGGAGGAGCGACACAUGAGAGAGGAGAACAUACGGCUGCAGAGAAAGCUUCAGAGAGAAAUGGAACGCAGGGAGGCCCUGUGCAGACAGCUGUCAGAGAGUGAAUCCAGUCUGGAGAUGGAUGAUGAGAGGUACUUCAACGAGAUGUCUGCCCAGGGCUUGCGAGCAAGGACCGUGUCUAGCCCCAUCCCUUAUACCCCCUCCCCCAGCUCCAGCCGACCCAUAUCACCAGGUCUUUCAUAUGGCAGCCACACAGUUGGCUUCACUCCUCCAGCUACACUGUCCAGAGCUGGCAUCUCCCACUAUAACGCCCCUGCCCUGCACAUUCACGGAAGCUCCUCUCAUGCCGUAGCAAGGCCUUCCCCAAGAAGAAGCACCAGCCCUGACAAAUUCAAACGUCCAACACCCCCACCCUCCCCAAACACACACUCAGGGGCCCAGCAGGCUCAGCCUCCACUACCCCCACCAGCUCAGCCCAUGGUCCAGUCCAUGUCCUCCCCGGCAGCUAUGUCGCAGCACGCAGCAGCAGCACAGCAGCAGCCACCCUCCCAGCCUUAGCACCACACACGGGCUCGGUCUUUGCACGCGAGUGUGCCCACUGAAUGCCACGAUGCUACCGCAACAGCAGCUUCCAUCAUUGCCAGCUCUGGAAGUUGAGUUUCUUACUCUUUACCAACUCCACAAAUGAAGCAGCCCCAAAAGUUUUAGAGGGGAAAGAAACAAGACAGCAGCUCAGUGAAGCUGGCCGCCUGCCAAAUCCUCCUGUGGCGUUACUUAACUACUCUUAAAAGGAAUGAAUGGACUGAAAAAUAGUCGCUUCUGGGAUUUGUAGGCCAAUUAUCUGUUCCACCUUUUGUCUUGUACAUGUUAUGUUUUUGUUUUCAUUGCUUGGAACUAGCUGGUUGGAAUUGUUGUGGCGCUUCUAAGAUAGCACAAACAGCACAUACAAUAUGUUUCAUGAUGGUGUUCUGUCAUAGGAUGGAUGUUUGGCUUGAUGGAAGGAUGUAUGCCCAGGGAAUUGGAUGAUUUGAUAUGUGGUCGAUUCCUUUCAAGAUAUGUGACACUUGAUUGCAGUAAUGUUUGCUCCAGCUCACCCUGCCCCUUUCUCUCUGAAGCAGUGUCAACAAGUUAAGCCAAGUUUAGACUUUGGAUUAGGUCAACGAGGUGUCAUAGCAGACUGCUAGGAGUUUUCCAUUAUAAGGCAUUGAUCAACCAGAGUUUGUGCCACAGUUAUUUUAGUUUCUGAAAGCAUUCAAGGCUCUAUGACUUUUCAGUUAAAAUGAAAAGGAAAAAAGUAAUGAGGAUGGACACUGGUACAUAAGCCACAGAUAAAUGUCACCUUUUGAGGUGUUUAAAAAUGUAGUCUGAGGUGAUACAACUUAGUCAUGUACUCGGUCUCUUCUCUGCUCUUCUCUCUCUUUGGUGUAUUUCUGAAAGCUUCUAUCAUCCUUAUGGAUAUUCCUCAUUAAAAAAAUAAUGCUCUUUACACUAAAUAUACAUACUGGCAAAACAUUCUAAAUGAAUGGUACUGUUGAGCAAAAUUUCUAUGUAUGAUUAAAGCUCUUGAGAUGGCAACUU